AUGCGGUUGGUUUACUGGUUGCUAGCACUUAUGGUGCUGCUUUUAAGUGUGCGCUAUCUAUGGGCAUUUCUGUUACUGACGAACGCAAUCUGGUGGACAAUAACGCGUUUAGCGCAAACAUUGUUACUGGUCAUGGGCAGCGGGAGCUUCUGGUGGGUGCUGCGCUCUUACCAACUGCAAAAGGAGCAAGAGCUAUUAGAUCAAGCUUUGCUUAAGUUUAAGUAUUACACUAGAUAUCGGAACCGUGGUAGCAGUGGCAAUCACAGCGGAGUUCACCAUAAAAGUAGUGGUACAGCCGUCGAUUCCGCGCUCUCUCCUCCCAAUUCAGUGGGCUUUAUGACUGACGCUGGCUUUCAGCUGCGAGUACUUAAGAGACUUCCUAUUGUGGCUCAUUUGCGAACUUCAUGGAGCUUACCACCUGAGAUCUGCGACGAAGUUGCCGCUUUAGUGCAAUCAAUUGUGAAAAAUUAUAUAACUGACUGGUUUCAAUUCAUCUCACUGAACGAUGAGUUUCCAAACGAUGUCAGAUUUCUUCUCGCCGAUUUGCUGGGUGCUGUCGUAUCUCGAGUUUUGGAGAUUGAUUCUUCUCAGGCGCUGACGAUGCUAGCAAAGAGUUUUGAGCUCCUGAGGCUGCACUUGGGAUGGUUUCGAGAAGCUUAUGCGCAACUAGCUGACGAGUACCCUGCGGUCUUUGAAGGUGAUGAGAAUGACGGGAAUCUGCUCAAGCGUCAAGAAUAUGUGACGGCAUUUGUACAACGAUCACCUUUUGUUCAUCCAGGUUGUGCAGAAAUGAAUGUGCCAAAAGUGGGACACUCUGGUGGUCAAAAAUAUGGAAGCGACACUGCAGAGUCAGCUUAUCUACGACAUGUCGCGACGCAGUUGCUGACCCAGUUAAAGCCGCAGCUUGGACAACUACACAGUGCGAACGUGUUUGUUUCUAUUGCAACGAAUUUGCUGCGAGAAGUUACGGCGUUUAAGAUUUUAAAGCCUUUGUCCGAGUACUCUCAACCACGAUAUUCUAACGAGAUCGUUUUGUCGUGCUUACAAUCGUUUGUUGAUGACAAAAAUGGACAUGAGUCUCUGUCGCCCACUGCCCCUUCAUCGGGAAAUGGAGUCGGAGUGCCAUCUUUGACGCUAAAUAAAUUGCGAUCAACGUCUAGUUUUUUAUACAAAGCCAGCAAACGGAGUAGCGAACAGGCUGAAGCAGCGUUUCAAGCAGUGGUCGACGCAGUAGCAAGUGCAGCGUCCUCCGCUGCUGCAGGUGCUGCAGGCGCAGCGGAGAUGGUAUUCGAUGCAGAAGAUUGGACAGAUGGCAACAAUCUGUUCGCGUUUGGUAAUCCCGUUCUUUCUGCCAAUUCAAAUGGAUUGUCAAGUGACCGGAAGGCGAUGACUUCCAUGUUUACGCUUGACGAUCGGGUAAAUGUUGCCAAGGCGGCAAAAAUGAUAGACCCUCGUGGAUUUAUCUCAUUAUCACAAAAAAUUAGCACCGACAAUAGCCGUAUCAGCGCACAUAUGGAUGAUUUAAAACACGCCAAGGCCAAUAUUGGCUCGACAUUAAAUGUGUCGCUUGGCAAAGUAAAGAGGCGUUUUCGCACUCUUGGCGGUCAGCAAUUGGACCCCACGUGUGCGCCACCUCUGAGCUCGGGAGCUGGUGCUGCAGCUCGAAUGAUCCGAAAGCCUGGUCAGCUGCUUCAAAAGGCGUGGAAACGAGGCGAGUCAGGUAGCAACUCGCCGGUCACUUUUUAUGAUGAUGGCAUGGGGACAACUGCAGGUGGCCAAAACAAUUUGGACGUAACAGGAUCGGUAAAUUCUCUGUUAAGUCCAAUGAGUUAUGACGGAGCAGCAGCUACGCCAACGGCCAAGGUAAAUUUGGCGCGAGAUCGCGUGAUUUCGCAUUUUGAGAAAGCAGUCGCAAACUAUACGAAAAUGUACGACGAAUGUCCUGAAAUGCGAAAUUCAGUACGCUCACGCGAGCUUUACGAUCUUCUCUUUGCGAUGGAAAGUGUAUUUAUGCUUGGCUUUCGCAACCGUAAUUCGAAAUUAAGUUUUGACGACGAGAUUGGGAACGAAGAGCCGGCAACUCCUCCGAAUUCUCCUAAUGUAAAUUACCUCGCUUCUUUAGAAAAAAGUCAAGUCGAGCAAACAUCACCAUUUUGUGACAGCAUUGACACGAAUACAGCUAGUGAAUCCGAUGGAGAUUCAGAUGACAGUCAGUAUUAUUGGGAAUUUCUUGCCCAAGACAGACCUGGAGCUGAUUCUUUUAACGAGCACUGGCGAUUCGUAGCGUCUCAGUGUCCAGAUUGCAGAUCGAGCGAGUCUUUCAUUUCGACCCGUGGAGUGCAAUGGUUACUGGUGGCUUUGGGAAAAGGGUCACUUGGCACUUUUUGCGCCGAGGCAUAUGCCCACAGCUACGUCACGGAUAUAUUUUACGACAGCUCCGCUCUAUUAUUUGAUUCUCGGCGUAUGGAGGCGGUGGUACAAACUCUUUCUCAACUCGAUAAGUUUAAAGUAUAUUUCGAUAUGCCUCUUGUCCUUGGAGAGAAAGGCCAAAACCUCGAUAAUUUGCCCUCAAACCGGUGGCUACUUCAUGGUCUUACUUCUCCAAGUGCUCCUGUCCGUGUAUUGGAGCGAGUAUGGGAGACUGAGCGCUAUGUUCCGAUGAAUGGAUGGAUUAAAGGCACUGACAAACGGUGCAAUAAAUUGCCAUCAUCAGAGUGGAUUUGGGAAGGCGACUGGACCCUCGAAAUUGCUGAAGAGGAUGCUGGAGAAUCGACAGACUCUGAUACGCUAAAGUCUUCUUGGGAAUAUGCCAAAACUUUUGAGGAUAAUUUUCACGAAAAAGAAAAAAAGUUCGAUCUAGUUCGCCGGCGACAAUGGAUCCGUCAAAGGUGUCAACUGCCUCCUGUUCUGACGCUGGCAUCCCCACCAUCAUCGCCUAGCACUUUCAAUGUGUCCUCCCCGUUAUCUUCAUCAACGGUCCCUAACGGAAUAGGCCGGGCAAGAAAGCUUAAACAACGCUUUAACGCACUGAAAUUUGACACGAAAAAAGACAUGGAAAACAUUGCAAAGAUGGCAAUGCGAAGCAGACACUCAAAAAGUUUCGAUAGAAAGACACCCGACGGCCCAGUUGGAACGAUUGACUUGGACGAAUCGUAUCAAAUAUCGGCGAAAAUGUCGGCGUUUACCAAGGCUCGCGCAGCUAUUCCGUCGUUGCGUCGAGGGGUGUCCAAUCGAAGCGUAAAUGUCGAGGUUCAAUCACCGUCGAUAGGAUUGUCUGCAGAUAAUGACUCACCGACCUUGUACGACAAUGAGGAGGAUGAUGACGAAAAUUUGUGCUUUCGCUGCCUCAAAUUGCUUCCAUCUCUUCAGUCUAGUGUGAAGACAUGUAAAACCUGUCGCCAACGUGUGUGCUCCUCCUGUUUGAAUUAUUACGCUUUUGUGGUGUAUCCGCCACCAUUAGAAACAUCAAAGAAGGCAAGUGUUUGUGGCACUUGCUACGACCGCCUCGUUAACAAGUACAAGCUACGUAUUGAUGCUAAUGUGGGCAAGUACUUGAUCAAGGAGCGUGACGUUGAAAUAUACUCCAGCUCGAAUGGAAUUGUGAACAACAGCCCUCACCACGCACCGAGCGGAGGCAAACUCGGAAAUUCUAAAUCAUCUCAGCCGUCUUCAAGUCCUUCGAGCCCUCACGUCAGCCCCGUUGGGAGCAAUAAGUUUGAGAUCACAGUCAAGGUAAAGGAUGACACAAAGUAUGCUUGGAGCGUAGUUAAGACGUUUCACGACUUCGAGGUGCUGGAAAAAGAUUUGAAGAACAAGCUGAAGAAACAAGAGAAAAAAUAUGGAGUCGGGUGCCGGGCGUGUCAUUUAAAAGGUGUUGAUUACAUGGAAAUGGUAUCUAUUCAGCCAUCGUUAAAGACUGUAUCUACUGCUGCCCUAACUUAUGACCAGCGGCUACACGUUAUAAAACAGUUCUUACAGCAAUUAUUGGCGUGUGAUACACUUUGUCAAAGUUCCGUGGUGCAAAAAUUUCUUUUACUUGAGAACGCAUAUGCCACACCACUUGCAGCCAGUAAUUCAUCGAUGUAUAAUUAUGAAACAAAUAACGGGCUUCAUUCUUCUCUUGCUGGGACUGGGACGCUUGGUAUUGUAAAUGACGGUGCUAGUAGUGGCUUGAUUGGUGCUGCGAACGUGCUGGUAGAAAAUGGCAAGUGGAAGAAAGGGCGAUGGAUUGCGCCGGACUCUAACUCUAAGGAAACGAAGAUGCGCGUCUUGCAAAAAAUUGAAGUGAGUUUGUUUGCCGUAUUAGGUGAACUUUUAGAAUUUGACGGCAUCGGCUUAGUGCGUCGUCAGCUGUUUUCAAUGACUCGGUCCUUUAUUAAGGCAUUUCUUAAUGCUUCGCAUUUUCGGAUGCUGGAACGGCAAUUCCUUUCAUUCACUGACCCGAAGAAACUCUCCGGUUGGAUAGGUGACUUGCGAUUGUACAUUUUUCCAACCAAAACUGACGUGGUCCCAACACCUGAGCCCGACAUUCAAGUGCUUCGUAAGGAAUGUCUUGAAGCUAUUCUUGCUAGUUUUCCAUCAAAAGCGCUGUCACUUUUUGGUGAUACGGCCUGUGAGAAUGCAGCACUUAAGUUGCACGAAUUUCUGCAGCACGAAGUGUUUGUCAAAAACCUGCUUUUCAGUAUCACAGAUGAGCUUCUCUUGCAUUUGUUUCCUAACUCGACCACGUUUAAAGGCAAGAAAAAACAGCGAAACACAUCAGCAGGACCCACGCCUUCUUCUCCCUCUGCAAUCGCUGUCGCUACUACAAUUGCGAAGGAGACAGUUUCUGCAUCGAUAGAUGAGCAUGCAGCGUGGAACGUCACACCACCAAUGUCACCAAUUGUAGCAGCAGAAAUUGAAAGAUUUCAGAAAUAA